AUGGCGCCUGACACCACCUCUAUUCCCGGGUACACGAUUUUUCGCGAAGACGACUAUGACUCCAGCUCUGCUGCUAGUCAGAUUAGCCGUCGCACACCUCACCCACUAGACCAACUCUCCAUCGAAGAGAUCCCCCUCGCAGCAAAGCUGAUUCGAGAGUACAUUUCGCCCAAACCUGUCAAGUUCAACUGCAUCACGCUCCGAGAGCCCAAGAAAGGUGAAUACGCUGCUUUUCGAAAUGGACUUGGUCCACGACCAGACCGUCGCGCUUUUGCCAUCGUCCUCGAGGCUGGAACUUGCAACUGCGCUGAGGCUGUCGUGAACUUGACCAAAUCUGAGGUCGAGGAAUGGAAGGAAGUGAACGAAGUCAUGCCAACUUUGACCUUGGAAGAUCUCGACAUCAUGGAACGCAUAUCCCGCCAGGACCCUCGUGUAAUUGAGGCUUGCAAGGGCCUUGGAAUCACCGAUAUGUCAAAGGUCUUCAUUGACGGCUGGGCUAUCGGUGUUGACGAGCGCUGGGGCUUCGAUCGUCGUCUCCAGCAGGGUCUUGCCUACUACCGAAAUUCGCCCUUCGACAAUCAAUACGCUCAUCCGCUCGAUUUCUCUAUCAUCGCUGAUACCGAGACCGAGGAGAUUUUAAGCGUUGACAUUCGCACUGUUAAUGGUGAACGAACUCAAGUGCCUCUUGAGGGUUCCAAUUACUUGCCAGAAUUCAUCAGCGACGGCUACAAACAUGACCGACUUAAACCUAUCAAUAUCACACAGCCCCAUGGCGUUUCUUUCCGCAUGCGUGGGAAUGAGCUUUCGUGGGCCGGAUACAAAAUGCACAUUGGGUUCAACUACCGCGAGGGUAUUGUCAUCUCAGAUGUUCGAAUUGACGACCCUUAUCAGGAGCGCGAACGAACUCUUUUCAACAGAAUCAGUGUCGUCGAAAUGGUCGUUCCAUAUGGAAGCCCUGAAACGCCCCACCACAAAAAGCAUGCGUUUGAUACCGGCGAAUACGGAGCUGGUCUUAUGACCAACUCACUGAAGCUCGGUUGUGAUUGCAAGGGUGCAAUCCACUAUCUCGACGCCAUUGUUGCAACUGGAAAAGGUGAAGCAGCUAUGGUCAAGAACGCGAUCUGUAUUCACGAAGAGGACAACGGUCUGCUAUUCAAACAUACUGACUAUCGUGAUGGAACCGUUGUUUCGGCCCGCGACCGCAAGCUCAUCAUCUCCCAAAUCAUCACUGCCGCUAAUUACGAAUAUGGGUUUUACCACACAUUCACUCUUGACGGCACAUACAAACUCGAAGUCAAGCUCACCGGCCAACUGAACACAUACCCAAUGCACCCAUCAGAACAAGCUGCUCCGUGGGGCACUGAGGUGCAGCGAGGCAUCAAUGCGCAAAACCAUCAGCACAUCUUCUCUCUUCGUAUCGACCCGGAAAUCGAUGGCACAAAUAACACUGUCAUCCAAUCCGAUGCACAUGCUUCCGAAGAGCCGGUCGGCUCUCCGAACAACCUCUACGGAAACGCAUUUUACUCAAAGAAGACACCACUGCGGACAGCACUGGAAGGCGCUGUCGACUACUGCCACGAAACCAGCCGAUCAUGGGAUAUUGUGAACCCAAACAUCAUUAAUGAAGUUUGUCACAAACCAGUUGCCUACAAGAUUCUCAACAACAACUCGCCCGGCCUCCUUCCUAAGCCAGGCAGUGUGGUUUGGAAACGCGCAGGAUUCGCCCGCAAAUCUUUAUGGGUUGUCCCGUACAAUGAUUACGAGCUCUACCCUGCUGGAGACUACGUCUGCCAAUCCGAUGGUCGCGAUGACCACCCACACAACCAGACCAUUGUGGACUGGGCCGCUCGCAACGAGUCGAUCGAGAACACAGACAUUGUGUGUUACAUGCAAUUCGGCCUCUCACACUUUCCAAGAACAGAGGACUACCCGAUCAUGCCUGCCGAACCCGUCAGUAUCAUGCUGCGUGCGUCGAAUUUCUUCGAAAAGAAUCCUGCUCUCUGGGUACCGCCGUCGGCCAUCUGCGUUGACACAGUCUCGCAAGACGCGUUCCCUUCCUCUCAUUGCUGUGCAGCGCCUGGUGAAUUAGCCCCGCGUGACCAGUCUAGAUUGUAA